AUGAACAAUGUAAGAGCCGGCUCCCAGAAAGAAUUUCCUUUGGGGUUGGAUGCAAGUACUGAGGAAGAAUACUCUUCUCAAUCUAGUUUGCUCCAAGAUUUCACUAGCAUCCCCACCAUUGAUAAGGCAUGGACUUUCACAUCUGAUGGUGAUCAUAACUAUUUUUUUUGUUUACUUUUCACUGCACAAGAAGGUUCCCAGGGUAUGUUCUCGAUAAGCCAACCAAAUCUCCUAGCCAACAAGAAGAGAAGAUACAUAUUAUCUUGUCAUAUUUCAAAAGAAAGUUCAGAUGGUGUGGACUUUCAAUGGGCUGCAUUUCCUAUUGAGAUGUCCAAUGUUUCUGUGAUGAUCCCAUCACCUUCAGGUUCAAAGCUUCUUGUAGUUCGAAAUCCUGAAAAUGAUUCUCUGACCAAAUUUGAAAUUUGGGGUCAAUCUCUGGUGGAAAAGGAGUUUUUGGUUCCUGCCUCUGUCCAUGGCUCCGUAUAUUCAGAUGGAUG